CGAGAACUCCGAGGAAAGAUGUUUGAGGCGGCCUGACGCUCGCUUUUCUCCCUUUACCCGCCCCCUCUUGGAGCUCCCAAAUCUCCCAGUCCCAGCGGCGCUGGCUGUCCCAAAGCCCUGCCAAGCUCCGGGGACAGGACACGGCCAGAGGCGCACGCAGAAGUUUUGGAAGUUUCUGCUCAGCCCCCAUCCAUCCGUCCAUCCAUCCCCUCACCCUCCCGGCGAUGCUGGGCUCCAGCAGGAGAAGGAAACUCGGAGCCAGGAUUGGGUUAAGGGGCCGGCAAUAGGAAGCGAUGCCUCUCUCGGAGAGCUCCUAUCUGCCACCCGCUGCCUUUGUCCUCAGCCACGUCCUGGGCAUCGCCGGCGUCCUGUACUGGAGGAGCCGGAGCAGGGAAGAUGAACGGGACAGAGUCCAAAAGAAAACCUUCACUAAAUGGGUCAAUAAACACUUGAUGAAGGUGCGCAAGCACAUCAAUGACCUCUAUGAAGACCUGAGGGAUGGGCACAACCUCAUCUCCCUCCUGGAAGUGCUGUCAGGAGUGAAGCUGCCCGUAGAGCCAGCAGCUCAGUGGAGCCUUCGCCUGGUGGCAGCACCAGCCUGGUGCCGUGCGAGCAGCGAGGAGGAGGAAGAUGAUGAUGAUGAAGAACCGCGUGAGAAGGGGCGGAUGCGCUUCCACCGCCUGCAGAACGUGCAGAUUGCCCUGGAUUUCCUGAAGCAGCGACAGGUGAAACUGGUGAAUAUCCGCAAUGAUGACAUCACAGAUGGCAACCCCAAGCUCACCCUGGGGCUCAUCUGGACCAUCAUCCUCCACUUCCAGAUCUCUGACAUCUACAUCAGCGGGGAGCUGGGGGAUAUGUCAGCCAAGGAGAAGCUCCUGCUGUGGACACAGAAGGUGACAGCAGGUUACAUCGGGCUGAAGUGCACCAACUUCUCCUCCUGCUGGAGCGAUGGCAAGAUGUUCAACGCCCUCAUCCACAGAUACAGGCCAGAUCUGGUGGACAUGGAGAGGGUGCAGAUCCAGAGCAACAGGGAGAACCUGGAGCAGGCCUUCGAGAUCGCCGAGCGCCUGGGGGUCACUCGGCUGCUGGAUGCUGAAGAUGUGGAUGUUCCCUCUCCAGAUGAGAAAUCUGUGAUAACUUACGUGUCUUCAAUCUACGAUGCCUUUCCCAAAGUCCCCGAGGGAGGAGAAGGGAUCAGCGCCAUCGAGGUGGAUUCGAGGUGGCUGGAGUACCAGACCCGCGUGGAGUCCCUCAUCUCGUGGAUCAAGCAGCACACGAUACUCAUGUCAGACAAAUCCUUCCCCCAGAACCCUGUAGAGCUAAAGGCACUUUAUAACCAGUACAUACACUUCAAAGAAACUGAAAUCCCAGCAAAGGAGCAGGAGAAAGGACAGAUAGAGGAGCUCUACAAACUGCUUGAGGUUUGGAUCGAGUUUGGGCGCAUCAAGCUGCCCCAGGGCUACCACCCCAACGACGUGGAGGAGGAGUGGGGCAAGCUCAUCAUCGAGAUGCUGGAGCGCGAGAAGCUCCUGCGGCCGGCGGUGGAGAGGCUGGAACUGCUGCUACAAAUCGCCAACAAAAUCCAGAAUGGUGCUCUGAGCUGUGAGGAAAAGCUCACCCUGGCCAAGAACACGCUGCAGGCUGACGCUGCUCACCUGGAGGCAGGCCAGCCCGUGCAGCACGAGGCCGACGUGGUGGCGUUCCUGCAGGAGAGCGAGGGGCUCAUCCGCCAGCUCCAGGUGGACGUGCAGAUCCUCCGCGACGAGAACUACUACCAGCUGGAGGAGCUGGUGUUCAGGACCAUGAGGCUGAAGGACGAGCUGGUGACGCUGAGGUUGGAGUGCACCAACCUGUACAGGAAGGGCCACUUCUCCACCCUGGAGCUGGUGCCCACGUCCACGCUGAGCACCACACACCUCAAGGGCGAGUCCCUGACCAAGGGGCUCCACACCUCCUCGGCCUCCUGGUUCAGGAAGCCCAUGACCAGGACGGAGCUGGUGGCCAUCUCCUCCUCUGAAGAUGAAGGCAGCCUUCGCUUCGUCUACGAGCUGCUGGCCUGGGUGGAGGAGAUGCAGAUGAGGCUGGAGCGGGCAGAGUGGGGCACUGACCUGCCCAGUGUGGAAUCCCAGCUGGAGACCCAGAGGCACAUCCAUGCCAGCGUGGAGGACCUGGGAUCCAGCGUGAAGGAGGCCAGGGUGUAUGAGGGCAAAAUGUCUCCGAAUUUCCGCGCCAGCUACACAGAGACACUGGGCAAGCUGGAGACUCAGUACUGCAAACUGAUGGAAACCUCGAGCUUCAGGCUGAGGCACCUGCAGAGCCUGCACGGAUUCGUGUCCAGGGCCACAGCUGAGCUGAUCUGGCUGAAUGAGAAGGAGGAGGAGGAGCUGGCCUACGACUGGAGUGACAACAACCCCAACAUUGCAGCCAAGAAGAAUUACUUCUCGGAGCUGACAGCAGAGCUGGAAGAGAAGCAGGACAUCUUCCGUUCCCUCCAGGACACGGCUGAGCUGCUCUCCCUGGAGAACCACCCUGCCAAGCAAACCGUGGAGGCCUACAGUGCUGCUGUGCACACCCAGUGGCAGUGGAUCAAGCAGCUGUGCCUGUGCGUGGAGCAGCACGUCAAGGAGAACGCUGCCUAUUUCCAGUUCUUCAGCGACGCCCGGGAGUCGGAGACGUACCUGCGCAACCUGCAGGACUCCAUCAAGAGGAAAUAUUCCUGCGACCACAACACGAGCCUGACACGGCUGGAGGACCUGCUGCAGGACUCCAUGGAUGAGAAGGAGCAGCUGAUCCAGUCCAAGAGCUCCGUGGCCAGCCUGGUGGGACGCUCCAAGACCAUCGUCCAGCUGCGGCCCAGGAACCCAGAGCACGCCGUGAGGAGCACCAUCCCCAUCAAGGCUGUCUGUGACUACAGGCAGAUCGAGAUCACCAUCUGCAGGAACGACGAGUGUGUCCUGGAGGACAAUUCCCAGAGGACCAAGUGGAAGGUCAUCAGCCCCACAGGGAACGAGGCCAUGGUGCCUUCUGUCUGCUUCCUGAUCCCCCCACCCAACAAAGAGGCCAUCGAGAUGGCCAACAGGGUGGAGCAGCUGUACCAGAAGGUGAUGGCUCUCUGGCACCAGCUGCACAUGAACACCAAGAGCCUCAUCUCCUGGAACUACCUGAGGAAGGACAUAGCCCUGGUGCAGAGCUUCAGCAUGGAAAAGCUGAGAUCCUUGGCUCAGGGGGAGUGUCAGCAAGCCCUGAAGAGCCUGCAGGGCCACUACGAGGAUUUCCUGCAGGACAGCCGCGACUCAGAGCUGUUCUCCGUGUCGGACCGGCUGCGCCUGCAGGAGGAGGUGGAGUCCUCCAAGGAACACAUCCGGCAGCUGCUGGAGUCCAUGGAGAACGAGGACAAGGAUGAGACCGUGGCCAGGACGUACCUGUCCGAGCUGAAGAACAUCCGCCUGCGGCUGGAGGAGUGCGAGCAGCGCCUCGUCAGCCGCAUCCAGGCCCCGAGCAGCGCCCGGGCAGACGGGGACACCAUCCAGGAGAACACCCUGCGCAUUGCAGAGCAGGAGCGCACGCAGGAGGAUCUGCAGCAGCUGCAGUCAGAGCUCAGGGUUGUGUCUGAGAGGUGCUACAGCUUCCUGGACAAAGCUCCUGCAGGGCCCAGCACGCCCCACCUGCGCUCAGAGCUGGACCUGGUGGUGAACAAGAUGGAGCAGACACAUGGGCUGUCUUCCAUCUACCUGGAAAAGUUGAAGACGGUUGACAUCAUUAUCCGCAGCACCCAGGGAGCAGAAUCCCUGGUCAAGGGCUACGAGGUGAAGCUGAGCCAGGAGGAGGCUGUUCCUGCUGACCUGGCAGCCAUUCACACCCACAGGACAGCCCUGCAGCAAUGGCUCGGCGAGGUGAAGGACAAGGGCUCCGUGUUCUCCAGGCUGGAGGAGGAGAUGGCGAGGGCAAAGGAGGUGGGGGAGCAGCUCUUCAGGCUGAGGCAGGAGCGCAGCAUCGACCUGGAGCGCUUCCAGGAGAAGGGCAGCCAGCUGUGGGACCGCUGGCAGCGAGUCUGUGCCCAGAUUGAGACCCGCCACACGGAGCUGGAGAGCAUCCAGGAGGUGCUGAGCGAUUACCGGCAGUGCCACGGUGCCCUGAUCCAGUGGAUUGAGGAGAUCACAGCCCAGCAGGAGCUGAUGAAGCCCGGCCAGGCCGAGGACAGCCGGGUGCUGUCGGAGCAGCUCAGCCAGCAAACGGCUUUGGCUGCAGAAAUUGAGAAGAACCAAGCCAAGCUGGACCAGUGUCAGAAAUUCUCCCAGCAAUACUCGGCUGCUGUCAAGGACUAUGAGCUGCAGCUGAUGACCUACAGGGCCUUCGUGGAGUCGCAGCAGAAGUCGCCCAUGAAGCGCCGGCGGAUGCUCUCCUCCUCAGAUGCCAUCACCCAGGAGUUCAUGGAUUUGAGGACCCGUUACACAGCCCUGGUCACUCUGACCACCCAGCACGUGAAGUACAUCAGCGACGCUCUGCGGCGCCUGGAGGAGGAGGAGAAAGUGGUGGAGGAGGAGAAGCAGGAGCACGUGGACAAGGUGAAGGAGCUCCUGGGCUGGGCCCUGGGCUUGAAGCAGAGUGUGCAGGGCAGGGCAGCUGCUGCUGGCAGCAGAGAGCUGGGAGACAUUGAGAAAUCCAUCUCAGAGCAGCAGGCCCUGAAUGAGGAGCUGACUGCGAAGAAGGAGCAGGUCUCUGAGGCCAUCAAAACUUCCCAAAUCUUCCUGGCAAAACACAGCCACAAGCUUUCCCAACCAGAAAAGGACCAGAUUUCUGCUCAGAUCGGUGCUCUGAAGGAAACCUACCAGGCUCUCUGCAGCAACUCCACGGAGCAGCUCCAGCAGCUCCAGAGCCAGCUGGCUCAGGAGACAGAGCACAAGGGCAGCGAAGCCGUGGCAGGAGUGAUCGAUCUUGGCACGGUAGAAAUAUUCCCUGUGUUUGGUGCCAUGCAGAGAGGUCUGAUAGAUCAGGACACAGGCCUGGUCCUCCUGGAGGCCCAGGUGAUCUCCUCUGACUUAGUUGUCCCAGAGACCAGUGAGAAACUCUCCUUGGAGGAAGCCCUGGCAAGAAACAUCAUUGAUCCCAGGGCAUUCCAGGUGCUGCAGGAACUGAAGGAUGCCCUCCAGCAGGUGGAAGAGAUCAGAUGUGAAGGGAGGCAGCUCCUCCCCGUCGCUGCUGCCAUAGAAGAGGGCAGGAUCAGCGAGAGCAUUGGGCUGAAGAUUCUUGAGGCCGAGCUCCUCACUGGGGGCUUUAAAUCCCAGCAGGGCAGAAUCAGCGUGGAGACAGCAGUGCAAGAGGGUCUCCUUCCCCCCCAGCUCCACUCCAGGCUCCUGUCCCACCUGGAAUGUGGCAAGGACCUGAUUGACCCCAACACUGCUGAGAAGAUCAGCCUGCCUGAGCUCCUGGACAGGUGCAUCACCCACCACGAGGCCGGGCUGAGGCUGCUCCCAGUCAGGCAGCUGGCGGGUGGCAUGGUGAGCCUGAGGUCAGGCAGGGAGGUCAGCAUCUUCCGUGCUCUCCAGGAGGGGCUCAUAGACAGGCAGGUGGCCACCAGGCUGCUGGAAGCCCAGCUCUUUGCUGGUGGCAUUGUGGACCCCAGGACAGGGCACAGGCUGACCGUGGAUGAGGCUGUCAGGCACCAUUUGAUUGAGCAGGAUUUGGCCUGCACGCUCCUCGUCCGGCAGCUCCAGACUGGUGGGAUCGUGGACACCACCACGGGAGAGAGGCUGAGCGUGGAUGAGGCCCUGAGGAGGGGUUUGGUGGCUCCAAGGACUGCGCUGCUGGUGCUGGAGUCCCUGUGGUCCUUCAUGGGGCUGCUGUGGCCAGAGACAGGGGAGGUCAUCCCCGUUGUAGAUGCUUUGGAGCAGGGGAUGCUCUCCACGGAGUUGAUGGAGGAGGCUCUGAGCAAGAGGCGGCUCCUGCAGGCUGUUUUCGUCCCAGAAACCACAGAGGUGGUGUCCUGGCAGAGGGCAGUGGAGCAGGGCAUCCUGGACAGAGAGGUGGUGAAGGAGCUGAAAGCAACAGCCAUCCCUGAUGUCCUGGCCAGCGUGCAGCUCUCUGGAGCUCCAAGCAGGAGCCAGAGCUCCCCUGGAAGGAGCCCCACAGGUCAGGAGGAACCUCUGCUGAGGAGUGCUGAUGAAAAGCUGAUGUUCCACCUGAUGACCCACAGCUACAUCAACAUCCACGAUGGCCAGAAGGUGCUCCUGGUGGAUGCAGAGUUGAACAACCUCACUAAAGCUCUCAUCCAAAGCCAGGAAAAUGGAUCCUGUGCACAGGUGUUGGAAGGCUUUGAGGAGAGGGAGGCAGCUCUUGAAAGCAAACCUUGCAAUGGUUUGGCUUUGCAGCAGCUUGAGCUUCAAUCUGCUCCUUCAAAAGGUGAAAGUGAGAAGAUCCUACCACCCAGAAGUGCUCUGGAGAAUGGGGAGGUGGUGGUGGGACCUGAAGGUCUCCUCUUGGAGGAUGCAGAGGAGUUCCUGCGUGUGGAAGAGCAGGAGCAGAUUUCCCCUGAGCUGGAGAGCAUCAGGAGUGAAACUGAUGCUGAAUUUGGAAAAGAACAGGUGAUUUUUACAACCAGGGAUAAGCAUCAGGUAAAAUUACUGAUACCAGAACCUCCCAGUGACCUUGGUAGUGGAUUAACCAGAGAAACAGAGGAAAUGAUGAUCGAGGCAGAAGAAGAGUCCAAGCCUCCUGCAGCAGAUGGAGUGGAAGGUCCCGAAUAUCAGAAGAGGGCAUUGGAAAGUGGGGCAGUGGUUGUGAAAAGUGAAAUCUGCAUUACAAUGGGCGUUCCAGAAAGCAGAGACAGACUGAAAAUGGUGGCAGAGGGGUCUCGGGGUGUGAGGGAGCCUGAAGGAGAGGCAGGAGAUGUGAGAGAUGUGAGAGAGGUUUAUGUGCUGAAGGAGGGGACAGUUGAAAAUGGUGUGCUGGGAGGAGAGGAGGAUGUGCUCCCUGCACGUGGGGAGGCAGCACCAGCAGAGAGGCAAAGCAAGGACACGGAAACCGUGCUGAAAGUGGAGGAAGGAGAGUGGAAAGAAGUGUUGGGUGAUGAGGGACCAUCCCUGCCACCCCACGAGGAGCAGGAAGCAGAGGACACAGGAGAGCAGGAAGAAGUGCUGGGUGAUGAGGGCGUUGAGGAGCCACCCCUGCCAGCCCCUGAGGAGCAGGAAGCAGAGGACACUUUGGAAAAGCUCCUGAUGCAGCUCCAAAGUGGUGGCAUCACCCACGAGCAGACGGGCAGGACCCUGCUGCUGGAUGAGGCCGUGGCCUCUGGGCUGGUGUCUGGCCACACGGCUGUGAAACUCAUGGAGAGGAUGAAGAUGUUCAGUGGCUUCUUUGACCCUCAGGCCUGUGAAUCCUUGACCACUGAGGACGUGAUUGAGGAAGGUCUGAUGGAUGAGGAGCUGCUCCAGAAGGUGCUCACGUCUGACAAAGCCAUAAGUGGUGUCCUUGACCCGGGCAACAACUUUGUCUACUCCAUCAAGGACGCUGCUGCUGUUGGCCUUCUGGACAAGGAGACGGCCAUGAGGAUCCUGGAAGGGCAGGUGGUCACUGGGGGCAUUGUUGACUUGAAACGUGGCAAGAAGGUGUCAGUGACUUUGGCUUCAAAUCUGGGCCUCGUAGAGCCGACGAGCCAGGCAGAGCUGGUGAAGCUGGAGAAGGCUUCCAAGGGGAAAGGCACUGAUGAGGUGACCAGGCAGAAGCUCAUUAAUUUGCAGGCUGAGACCAGUGGGAUUGUGGAUCCUGCAAGCAAGCAGCCUUUGACUGUGGCAGAGUCUGUUGAAAAAGGGCUCCUGGAGAAGGAAAAAGCUUUUCAGCUCUUGACCAAGCAGGUUGGCGAUGGAGGGAUCAUCCACCACGUGUCUGGGAUGAGGCUGUCGGUGGACAACGCCAUGAAGCACGGUUUGAUCAGUCCAGCCCUGUGCAAGGAGCUCAGGAAAGCUGAAAGCGUGGUCCGGCAGGGCUUUGUGCACCCGGCCACCAAGGAGAAGCUGCCCUUGCCCCAGGCAGUGUCACUGGGGCUCCUCAGCCCAGAAUUCCAGAGGAAAGUGCAGGAGAUCCAGGCUGAGAGCGGGAGCAUCCUCGAUCCAGCUUCUGGCCAGCGGCUGGCUCUGAGCGAGGCGGCGCGGGAGGGCUUGGUGCCCCAGCAGGCGGUGGAGAAAGCCCUGUCAUCUUCAGCCAUGAGAGAAGGCAUUGUGGACCCCGAGAGCUGCCGGAUCACCCCCUACUCAGAGCUCCUGAAGAAGUGCAGAAUCGACGUGGAAUCCGGCCAGCGGUACCUGGAGGUGCAUCCCUUGCAGGCCGUCAGGGACGAGGCCACGGGCGCCAAGCUGCCGUGUGCCCAGGCAGUGAGGAUGGGCAGGGUGGACCCCCUGCCCGCCCUGAGGCUGCUGCAGGCACAGGCAGACGCCGGAGGCCUGGUGGUGGAGGGCUCCGUGAGCAAGAGGCUGUCCCUGAGGGCGGCUGUGGAGCGCGGCGUGCUGGAUGAGGCCAUGGCCAAAGUGAUCGCCAGCAACCAGCUCAGGGCUGGGGGAAUCGUGGGUGCCCCCGGUGGGGAAAGGUUGACUGUGAGGGAGGCUGUUGGGAAAGGGCUGAUCAGCCAAAAAUUAGCUGCUGGUCUUCGGGAUGUGCAGGUGUCCGAGGGGAAAGUUGGCUCUGAGGUGUUCGAAGCGGAAAAAUUGCAAGUCUCGCAGGAAAAAAUAGAAAAAUUGUCUCCAAAAGAGGGAGGUGUCAUCCUCCCUGCCAGGUCUGAUGGUGCUGAGCCCAAAGCUCACCCUGAAGCUGUGAGCUAUGACACAGCUCAGGCUGCUGGGAAAGGGCUGAUUAGCCAAAAAUUAGCUGCUGGUCUUCAAGACAUGCCAAUAUCUGAGGAGAAGGUUGGCUCUGAGGUGUUCAAAGUGGAAAAAAUGCAGGAAAAAAUAGAAAAACUGUCUCCAAAAGAGGAGGGCGUCAUCCUCCCUGCCAGGUCUGAUGGUGCUGAGCCCAAAGCUCGUCCUGAAGCUGUGAGCUAUGACACAGCUCAGAGUGCAGCUGCUGCCACUGAGAAAUCCCCCAAAGCAUGGCCAGAAAGGAAAUUAAAGCCCCAGGAAGCUUCAGAGGGUGGUGUCCAUCCCCAAGAUGAACAUCAUCGUCAUCUUCAUCACCCCCAGGCAAAGGCUGAGGUGACUCCAGAGCUCCCCUCAGUGUUGGGGACAGUGUCCCUCCCUGAAGAGGCAAUGGUGACAGGGGCUGUGGAAAAAGGGAUCCCAAAAGGCAUCUCCCAAGUGAGAGCAGCCCAGGGCAAGGAAUUGAGGGAAGAAAUGGAUGGAAGGGCAGAGAAAGUUGAGAGACAGGGCUUGGAGAAGGGGCAGUUGGGCACAGAGGUGCUUCACAAGGAGGAUGAUGAUGAGGAGAGGAAGAGGAGGAAAGAGUUUGUAAGUGCAGAGGGAGUUGUGGCAGGUGGAGAAGGUGCAGUGGUGGCUUCUGGGCAUGGAGAGAGAGUGACCAGCGUGGUCCAGGAGACACCAGCAGCCCCGAGGGAUUCUGUCAGUGUGGGCACAGGGAAGGGAGGGAUGGGUCCUGCAGAACCCCCUGAGCUUGGUGUGCCUGUGGGAGAUGAGCUUGCAGGGGAAAGAGCUGCCAAACACACAGGAGGAGAAACCCCUCGCAUAGAAAGUGAGCAGGAAAAAACCAGUGUAACUGAGCUAAAACCUACCCAGAAAAAGAAAAGCAAGAAGAAGAAAGCCAAGCAGGGCAGCAUUCCAGGAGACAGCGCUCAGCCAGAGGAACCUGCAGAGAAGCAGCUCCUUCCUCCCCUGGCUCCCCAAGAAAUUCCAAGGAGAAAGGGCGAGGAGCAGCACUUUGUCCCCAGGGUGCCAGAGCCAGAACAUGAAUCCAGCACCGAGGCUGCUGCUGGGCUGGCACGAGACACAGCCAAGCACAGGGGUGGAAAAGGGAGGAAAACAAUUCCUGUGAAAGACACAGAAACCCCCAGAGAGGAUCGGGUGCUCCCUGAGCACGGGGAAGCUCGAGAGGUGCUGGAAGGUGGCACCAAGGAUGGGCAGGAUUCCUCGGUGGCCCUGAAACGUGAGGAAAGGAGCCUGAGUCUGGAGGAAAGGAUGGCUCAGGAUGACACCAGGGUGGAAACCACCCAGGAUGUGCCCAGCACAGCCACCGUGGCACAGGAACUGCCCCAUGACUUAAUUAUCAGAGAGGAACCCACAGAAAUUCAGGAAACCUCCGCAAUCCUGGAGCUUGGAGAGGAGAAGCAGCACAAGCAAAGAGCUGAGCUCAGAGGAGACCAAGGAGGAGCCUCUGCUCCCCCAAAACCCAAAGAAGAGACCCCCCAGGAGAGGAGCAAGCAGCCAGGCCCAGGUUUGCUCUUACCUGUGAUCGUGGAGGGGGAGCUGCUGGAAACCUCGAGGGAGUCCACGAGGCCGGCCCAGAUCAAGUUCAGCAAGAAGAUGUGUCUGGAGCACGACCAGAGGCUGAUAUCUUAUCUCUCCAUGCUCCGAGACAUCGAGAUGAGAAUCAAGCGUGUGCAGCCAGCAGAGCAGAAUUUGGCAGCCCUGCACGACCUGAGGCAGCAAGCAGAGGCUCUGGGCUCCGAGCUGCAGGAGCUGAGCUGCCCAGUGAAUCAGGAGCUGGAUGCCGUGCAGAGGAUUGUGGCCAACCCGCCUGAAGAGGUCCCUGAGCAGUUACUGAAGGCUUUGGAGAAGGAUGCCAAGAACCUCCAGAAGUCUCUGAGCUCUGCAAGCGAGGUCCUGCAGUCCCGGCUGCAAAACCUUCGUGGGGCAGCGGAAGCUGAAAAGGCUAAAAUCCUGGCCCAGCACGAGGCUCUGGAGGGCAGGCUGCAGGAGCUGCUGAGCUGGGUCCGUGGCACCACGGAGUCACUGGAUGACAGAGAUUUCCAGCAGGCCACCGAUGGCAGCAGCUUGGGUCACUGCCUGCAGCACUACAAGGAGCUGAAGGAGCCCCUUGCUGGCACCAAGGCUGAGCUGGACGCCGCUGCCUUCGACAUCCAGCUCCUCAUCUCGGAGCACGCGCAGGAUUUGACGCCCCAGCAGAGCAGGCAGCUGCUGAGGCUGCUCAACGAGCUGCAGAGAGCCUUCAGGGAGCUGUCAGAGCGCGUGGCAGCGCGGCUGGAGGUGCUGCAGCUCUGUCUCCAGCAAGCGGAGCAGACGGAGCAGGUGAAGACGCUGCAGGAGCAGCAGGCAGCCCGGGCACAGAGCCUGGCCGAGCUGAGCCGCUGGCUGGGCCAGGCUGAGGACACCCUGGCAGAGCAGCAGACAGCAGAGGGGGACCUGCCCGCCCUCCAGCAGAGGCAGAGCGAUGUUAAGGAGCUGCAGAGGAGCAUGCACAGCAGAGCCGCCUCCUUCGCCGGUGUCCUGAAGAGCACAGAGCAGUUCUUGGAGGAGAACAAGGCCAAGCUGGAGCCUGGGGAGCUGGCAGCACUGCAGCAGGACCUGCAGCGUGCCAAGGAGCAGUACCAGUCCCUGCAGGAGAGGGCAGAGGUGGCCCAGAAGGAGCUGGAGAGUGCUGUGAGUGCUGCAGUGCAGCAGGAGACUGAGAAGGUGAAAGCUGCCAAGGAGCUGGAGGAGAACAGCAAUAAGAUCGAUUCCCUCCUGAGCUGGGUGGCGUCGCUGGAGCAGAGGGGAGAGCUCCCAGAGUACAGACCCCACCCUGCCAGCCCAGGCUCAGCAAAAAGCACUGGGGAUGUCCCUGAUGGCCACACUGUGGGAGCAGGCAGUGCUGCUGAGAGCCUGGAUGAGCACUACGAGAGGCUGAAGGCGCAGCACCAGGAGCUGCUGUCCCAGCAGCAGGACAUCAUCCUGGCCACGCAGGCAGCACAGGCUUUCCUGGACAAGCAGGGGCCCAGCCUGGCUGGGCAGGAGCAGGAGAGGCUGCAGGCACAGCUGGCACAGCUGCGGGAGCGGUACCCGGCGUCGCUGGCGCGCGCCGAGGCGCAGCUGAAACGGGUGCAGCUCCUCAGGGAGGAGCUCCACAAGUUCCUGCAGGACCACGGGGAGUUCCAGGCCUGGCUGGAGCAGGCGGAGCAGGAGCUGCAGGGCAUGUACAAGGGGGACAGCGACCCUGCCUCCCUGAGGCAGCUGCUGCGGCGCCAGGGCAGCUUCGCCGAGGAUGUGAUCUCCCACAAGGGUGACCUGCGCUUCGUCACCAUGUCGGGGGAGAAGUUUCUGGAUGGGGAUGCUGGGGGUGAUGAAUCCCAGCUGGUGAUGUCCAGGAGCGUGGUCAAGAGCAAGCUGGAGGACGCCACGCAGAGAUACACCACGCUGCACUCCAAGUGCUCCAGGCUGGGCUCCCACCUGAACACCUUGCUGGAUCACUACCAGCAGUUCCAGGAGGUGGCAGAGUCUCUGAGGACGUGGCUGCAGGAGAGUGAGGCUGCCCUGGGGAAGCUGCUCUCAGAAACGGUCUCCUCGGAUCUGGCCGUGCUGCAGAAGCAACUCGCCAGCACCAAGCAACUGCAGGGAGACCUGGCUGAGCACCAGGUGCCAGUGGAGAAGCUGCAGAAAGCAGCUCGGACCUUGCUGGACAUCCAAGGGGAGCCAGCCCCAGACCACAGCCACAUCCAGGAGACAACAGAUGCCAUCGUGAGCCGCUUCCAGAGCCUGUCCCAGCAGAUGUCCGAGCGCUCAGACCUGCUGCAGAAAUCCAUUGCCCAGUCCCAGAGCGUCCAGGAGAGCCUGGAGAGCCUCCUCCAGUCCGUGGCUGAGAUUGAGAAGAGCCUGGAGAAGGAUCAGCCAGCUGUGCUCACCUCUGCCUCCAUCCAGGACUCGCUUGCCACCAGUGUGAAGCUGAAGCAGGACAUUGCCAGGCAGAGGAGCUGCCUGGAGGCCACCAGGGAGAUGGUGACGCGCUUCACCGAGGCCGCCGACAGCCCCGCGGCCUCCACGCUGCAGGACAAGCUGGCGCGGGUGACAGAGCACUUUGGGAGGCUGUGCCAGCAGCAGCAGCAGCGGGAGGACGCCCUCAAGGGCCUGCUGCCCAAGGUGGAGCAGUACGAGCAGCUGUGGGAGAAGCUGCAGCAGUUCACGGAGAGCAGGACGCGGCUGCUGGCGUCCGGGAACCAGCCGGACCACGACAUCGCUCACUUCGCCCAGCACAUCCAGGAGCUGAACUCGGAGAUGAGACAGCACCAGGAGGACCUGGCCACCCUGGAGCACCUGGCUGAGGAGCUCAGCUCCUGUGGCUUCACCCCCAGCUCCUCCCAGCAGCAGGAGAAGCUGCAGAGCCUGAAGAAGGAUUUCCUGCAGCUCCAAAAGGUGGCAAAAGACAGAGAAAAGGACGCCUCAUCCUGCCAGGAGCAGCUGGACGAGUUUCGGAACCUGGUCGGCGCCGUCAGGAAGUGGCUGAGGGAGGCUGAAGGCAAAAUUCCACCUGCUGAGACCUCCCUGGGCACCCAGGAGCUGCAGCAGCAGAGGCAGCAGAUCCAGGAUCUCCUGGAGGAAUGGAAGGGGAAGGGCCCCCAGGUGGAGGAGAUCGGCCGCAGAGGGACGCUCCUGGAGAACCUGAUCGUGGAGAUCACGGCCCCCAACACCCCUCCCAAGGCAGGUGCCACUCUGCCCACUGCAGGAGGCUCGGGAGGCAGCGUGAACGGAUACCACACCUGCAAAGACCUGACGGAGAUCCAGUGCGACGUGUCGGACGUGAGCCGGCGGUACCAGGCGCUGGGUGCAGCCCUGCAGGAGCGCCUGCAGCAGCUCUCAGCCAUGCUGGACAGCAUGCAGCAGGUGCAGGAGGAGGCCAGCUCCAUGCUCAAGUGGCUGGAGUCCAAGGAAAGGAUGCUGUCCGAGCUGGACGCCUCCUCCUCGCCCACCAAGACGGAGACGAUGAGAGCGCAGGCUGAGCACAACAAGGCAUUUCUGGCUGAGUUGGAACAGAAUUCUGGGAAGAUCCAGAAGGUGAAGGAAGCACUUUCUGGCCUGCUGGAGAAAUAUCCAGAUUCCCCAGAAGCAGCGAACUGGAAGAAGAUGCAGGAAGACCUGAAUUGCAGGUGGGAGAGGGCCAGCCAGGCCACGGCUGCACGGCAGCAGAAGCUGGAGGAGUCAGCGACCCAGCUGGCCACGUUCCAGGCCACUGAGGCCCAGCUGAGGCCCUGGCUGAUGGAGAAGGAGCUGAUGAUGAGCGUGCUGGGCCCCCUCUCCAUCGACCCCAACAUGCUGAACGCUCAGAAGCAGCAGGUGCAGUUUAUGCUGAAGGAAUUCGAAGCUCGCUGGCAGCAGCACGAGCAGCUCAACCAGGCAGCCCAGAGCAUCCUGACUGGGCCUGGAGAUGUCUCCCCAUCCACCAGCCAGGUGCAGGAGGAGCUCCAAGGGGUCAACCAGAAAUGGUCCGAGCUCACCGAGCGCCUCAACUCCCGCUCCAGCCAGAUUGACCAAGCCAUAGUGAAGAGCACCCAGUACCAGGAGCUUCUGCAGGGCCUCUCAGAGAAGGUGAAGGCUGUUGGGCAGCGCCUGAGCAGCCAGUCUGCCAUCAGCACCCAGCCUGAUGCUGUCAAACAGCAGCUGGAGGAGACCAGCGAGAUCCGCUCGGACCUGGAGCAGCUGGAGGAGGAGAUCUCAGAGGCUCAGACCCUCUGUGAUGACCUCUCCGUGCUGAUUGGGGAGCAGUACCUCAAGGAUGAGUUGAGGAAACGUCUGGAGACGGUGGCACUUCCCCUGAAAGGCCUGGAAGAUCUGGCAGCCGACCGGAUGAACCGGCUGCAGACAGCGCUCGCCAGCUCCCAGCAGUUCCAGCACAUGUUUGAUGAACUCAGGACCUGGCUGGAUGACAAAAGGUGCCAGCAAGCCCAGAGCCAACCCAUCUCUGCUAAGCUGGAGAGGCUGCAGAGCCAAAUCCAGGAGCAAGAAGAGUUCCAGAAGAGCCUCAACCAACACAGCGGCUCCUACGAGAUGAUUGUGGCCGAGGGAGAGGCCCUGCUGCUCUCUGUCCAGCCUGGGGAGGAGAAGACCACUCUGCAGAACCAGCUGGUGGGCCUGAAAACACACUGGGAGGAGCUCAGCAAGCAGGCUGCUGACAGGCACUCCAAGCUCAAGGACUGCUUGCAGAAAGCUCAGAAGUACCAGCGGCACGCCGACGACCUCCUGCCCUGGGUGGAGGACUGCAAGGCGAGGAUGGCAGAGCUGGAGGUAACCCUGGACCCAGUGCAGCUGGAGGCCGCUCUCCUGAGGUCCAAGGCCAUGCUGAGUGACGUGGAGAAGCGCAGGUCCCUGCUGGAGAUGCUCAACAGUGCUGCUGACAUCCUGACUGACGCUUCCCAGACGGACGAGGAUGAUAUCCGCGACGAGAAGGCCGCCAUCAACCACAAGAUGGAUGCCAUCACAGAAGAGCUGCAGACCAAGACUGGCUCCAUUGAAGAGAUGUCCCAGAGGCUCAAGGAGUUCCAGGAGAGCUUCAAGAACAUCGAGAAGAAGCUGGAAGGGGCGAAGCACCAGCUGGAGAUCUACGACGCCCUGGGGCCACAAGCCUGCAGCAACAAGAAUUUGGAGAAGCUCAGGGCACAGCAGGAGGUGCUGCAGGCCCUGGAGCCGCAGGUGGAUUAUCUGAAAAACCUCACUCAGGGCCUGGUAGAAGACGCUCCAGAUGGAUCUGACUGCUCCCAGCUCCUCGGCCAAGCUGAGGUGGCUCAGCAGGACUUCAAGGCCGUCAAACAGAAAAUCAACGAUUGCUGCGCUCUGAUGGAGAACAAGCUGGAAGGGAUCGGCCAGUUCAACAGCAGGGUCAGGGAGAUGUUCUCGCAGCUGGCAGACCUGGAUGAUGAGCUGGACAGCAUGGGCCCCAUCGGGAGAGACUCUGACAGCCUCCAGUCCCAGGCCGAGGACGUCCGCGCCUUCCUGGGCAAGCUGCACCGGCUGAAAGGCGACAUCGAGUCCUCCGAGAGCGAGUGCAAGAAAAUGCUGGAGGACGAGGGCAGCCCCGACCUGCUGGGGCUGAGGAGGGAGCUGGAGACGCUGAGCAAGCAGUGCAGCAAGCUGACGGAGAGGGGCAGGAACCGGCAGGAGCAGGUGGAGACCACGCUGUCCCGCGUGGAGGACUUCUACAGCCGCCUGAAGGAGCUGAGCCUCAUGACCACAGCGGCCGAGGAGAACGAGGCCCUGCAGUGGGUGGUGGGCACAGAGGUGGAGGCCAUCAACCAGCAGCUGGCAGACUUCAAGCAAUUCCAGAAGGAGCAAGUGGAUCCCCUCCAGCUAAAGCUGCAACAAGUCAAUGGAGUUGGUCAGGGACUCAUCCAAAGCGCCGGGAAAAACUGUGAUGUCCAAGGGCUGGAGCAUGACAUGGAAGAAAUCAACACCCGCUGGAACACCCUCAACAAGAAGGUGGCCCAGCGAGUGGCCCAGCUGCAGGAGGCCCUGUUGCACUGCGGGAAGUUCCAGGAUGCCCUGGAGCCACUGCUGAGCUGGCUGGCAGACACCGAGGAGCUCAUCUCCAACCAGAAACCUCCCUCUGCCGAGUACAAGGUGGUGAAAGCCCAGAUCCAAGAGCAGAAGCUGCUGCAGCGCCUCCUGGACGAUCGCAAGGCCACGGUGGAGAUGAUCCAGGCGGAGGGCGACCGCAUCGCGCAGUCGGCCGAGCCCGCGGACCGCGACAAGAUCGUGGGGCAGCUGGAGAGCCUGGCACGGCGCUGGGCAGGGCUGCUGGGCAGGGCAGCUGCCAGGCAGAAGCAGCUGGAGGAUAUCUUGGUGCUGGCAAAGCAGUUCCACGAAACCACCGAGCCUGUGUCCGAGUGGCUGUCGGUGACAGAGAAGAAAUUGGCCAACUCUGAGCCCAUUGGCACCCAGACUGCCAAAAUCCAGCAGCAGAUCAGCCGCCACAAGGCUCUCGAGGAGGACAUAGAGAGCCACUCCACCGACGUGUCCCGGGCGCUGGGGGUCGGGCAGUCCCUGUCCUCGCUGAGCUGUGCUGCUGAGCAGAGGCUGCUGGCAGAGAGAUUAGAGGCUCUGCAGGGCCGCUACGGCGAGGUCCGCGAGCGGUGCGGCCGCAAGGCAGCCCUGCUGGACCAGGCCCUGGCCAACGCCAGGAUUUUUGGGGAGGAGGAGGUGGAAGUGCUCAACUGGCUGGCUGAGGUGGAGGACAAGCUGGGCUCAGUGUCCGUAAAGGAUUUCAAACGGGACGUCCUGCAGAAGCAGCAUGCCGACCAGCUGGCUCUGAAUGAGGAAAUUGUGAACAGGAAGAAGAACGUGGACCAAGCCAUUAGAAAUGGACAAGCUCUCCUGAAGCAAACCACAGGGGAGGAGGUGCUGCUGAUCCAGGAGAAGCUGGACGGAAUCAAGACGCGCUACUCCGACAUCACCACCGCCAGCUCCAAGGCCCUGCGCACGCUGGAGCAGGCACGGCAGCUGGCCACCAAAUUCCAGUCCACCCACGAGGAGCUCACCGGGUGGAUGAGCAAGGUGGAGGAGGAGCUGGCCUCCAGCGGGGCGCAGUCCCCUGCUGGAGAGCAGAUCCCCCAGUUCCAGCAGCGGCAAAAGGAGCUGAAGAAGGAGGUGAUGGAGCACAGGCUGGUCCUGGACACGGUGAAUGAGGUGAGCAGGGCUCUGCUGGAGCUGGUUCCCUGGAGAGCCCGGGAGGGGCUGGACAAGCUGGUGUCGGACACCAACGAGCGCUACAAGCUGGUCAGUGACACCAUCAGGCAGAGGGUGGAGGAGAUCGAUGCUGCUAUCCAGAGGUCUCAGCAGUACGAGCAGGCAGCUGAUGCAGAGCUGGCCUGGGUGGCUGAGACCAAGAGGAAGCUGAUGGCCCUGGGUCCCAUCCGCCUGGAGCAGGACCAGACAACGGCCCAGCUGCAGGUGCAGAAGGCGUUUUCCAUCGACAUCAUCCGGCACAAGGACUCCAUGGACGAGCUCUUCAGCCAGCGCCACGAGAUCUUUGGCACCUGUGGAGAGGAGCAAAAAGCUGUGCUCCAGGAGAAAACCGAGUCCCUGGUGCAGCAGUACGAGGCUGUGAGCCAGCUCAACUCGGAGCGUUACGCCCGCUUGGAGCGUGCCCAGGUGCUGGUGAACCAGUUCUGGGAGACCUACGAGGAGCUGAACCCAUGGAUUGAGGAGACCCAGGCCCUCAUCUCCCAGCUGCCACCCCCAGCCAUCGACCACGAGCAGCUCAAGCAGCAGCAGGAUGACAUGAGGCAACUGCGAGAGUCCAUCGCUGAACACAAACCUCACAUCGACAAGCUGCUGAAAAUCGGGCCCCAGCUCAAGGACCUCAACCCCGAGGAAGGGGAGAUGGUGCAGGAAAAAUACUCCAGGGCUGAAGCCUUGUAUGCCAAAAUCAAGGAGGAGGUUUGCCUGCGGGCCCUGGCGCUGGACGAGGCGUUCUCACAGUCCACCCAGAUUUCGGAGUUCCACGACAAGAUCGAGCCCAUGCUGGAGAGCCUGGAGAGCCUCUCGUCCCGCCUGCGGCUGCCGCCCCUGAUCCCCGCCGAGGUCGACAAGAUCCGCGAGUGCAUCAGCGAGAACAAGAACUCCACCGUGGAGCUGGAGAAGCUGCAGCCCUCCUUUGAGGCCCUCAAACGCCGUGGGGAAGAGCUCAUCGCCCGCUCCCAGGGAGCAGACAAGGACCUGGCAGCCAAAGUCAUCCAGGACAAGCUGGAUCAGAUGGUUUUCUUCUGGGAAGACAUCAAGGCUCGGACCGAGGAGCGCGAGAUGAAGUUCCUUGACGUCCUGGAGCUUGCAGAGAAGUUCUGGUACGACAUGGCAGCGCUCCUGACGACCAUCAAGGACACCCAGGACAUUGUCCACGACCUGGAGAGCCCAGGCAUUGACCCCUCCAUCAUCAAGCAGCAGGUGGAAGCAGCAGAGACUAUCAAGGAGGAGACAGACGGGCUGCACGAGGAGCUGGAGUUCAUCCGCCUCCUGGGGACUGAUCUCAUCUUUGCCUGCGGUGAGACUGAGAAGCCAGAAGUGAAGAAGAGCAUUGACGAGAUGAACAACGCGUGGGAAAACCUGAACAAGACCUGGAAGGAGAGGCUGGAGAAGCUGGAGGAAGCCAUGCAGUCAGCUGUGCAGUACCAGGACACGCUCCAGGCCAUGUUUGACUGGCUGGACAACGCUGUGAUCAAACUGUGCAACAUGUCCCCCGUGGGCACCGACCUGAGCACGGUCAAGGAGCAGAUGAACGAGAUGAAGGAGUUUAAAAUGGAGGUUUACCAGCAGCAGAUUGAGAUGGAAAAGCUUAAUCACCAAGGUGAACUGAUGCUAAAAAAGGCUACGGAUGAGACAGACAGAGACAUCAUCAAGGAGCCACUGACAGAGCUCAAACAUCUCUGGGAGAACUUGGGCGAGAAAAUUGCUCACAGACAGCACAAGCUGGAAGCCGCCCUGCUGGCCCUGGGCCAGUUCCAGCACGCCCUGGCAGAGCUGAUGGCCUGGCUCACCCACACCGAGGAGCUGCUGGAUGCCCAAAAACCCAUCAAUGGGGACCCUAAAGUCAUCGAGGUGGAACUUGCAAAGCACCACGUGCUGAAGAAUGAUGUCCUGGCCCACCAAGCAACCGUGGAGACAGUGAACAAAGCAGGGAAUGAGCUGCUGGAGUCGAGUGCAGGGGACGAUGCCAGCAGCCUGCGGAACCGCCUGGAGAAGCUGAAUUCCUGCUGGGAAUCAGUGCUGCAGAAAACAGAGGAGAGGGAGCAGCAGCUGCAGUCCACCCUCCAGCAGGCUCAGGGUUUCCAUGGUGAGAUUGAAGACUUCCUCCUGUGGCUAACGAGGAUGGAGAGCCAAUUGUCGGCCUCAAAACCCACGGGAGGUCUGCCAGAAACUGCCCGGGAACAGCUCAAUGCCCACAUGGAGCUCUACAGCCAGCUCAAAGCCAAGGAGGAUGUCUACAGCCAGCUGCUGGCCAAGGGGAGGCUGAUGCUGCUCAACCGCGAUGAUUCUGGCUCCAGCUCCAAGACAGAGCAGAGCGUGGCCCUGCUGGAGCAGAAAUGGAGUCUGGUCAGCACCAAGAUGGAGGAGAGAAAGGCGAAGCUGGAGGAGGCAUUGGCCCUGGCCACGGACUUCCAGAACUCCCUGCAGGAUUUCAUCAACUGGCUGACCCUGGCUGAGCAGAGCCUGAACAUUGCACCACCGCCCAGCCUCAUCCUGGCCGCGGUGCUGGCCCAGAUCGACGAGCACAAGGUGUUCGCCAACGAGGUGAACGCGCACCGCGACCGCAUCAUCGAGCUGGACCAGACUGGCAACCAGCUGAAGUUCCUCAGCCAGAAGCAGGACGUGGUGCUGAUCAAGAACCUGCUGGUCAGCGUCCAGUCCCGCUGGGAGAAGGUGGUGCAGCGCUCAGUGGAGAGGGGACGGGCUCUUGAUGAUGCCAGGAAGAGAGCCAAGCAGUUCCACGAAGCCUGGAAGAAGCUGAUUGAUUGGCUGGAGGAUGCAGAGAAUCACCUGGACUCAGAGCUGGAGAUCUCCAAUGACCCUGACAAAAUCAAGCUGCAGCUCUCCAAACACAAGGAGUUCCAGAAGACCCUGGGUGGGAAGCAGCCUGUGUAUGACACCACCAUCAGGACAGGCAGAGCCCUCAAAGAAAAAGCCUUGCUUCCAGAUGACACUCAAAAGCUGGACAAUUUGCUGGGAGAAGUCAGGGAUAAAUGGGACACAGUGUGUGGAAAAUCCGUGGAAAGGCAGCACAAGCUGGAGGAGGCCCUUCUGUUCUCUGGGCAGUUCAUGGAUGCUCUGCAGGCUCUGGUGGAUUGGCUCUACAAGGUGGAGCCCCAGUUAGCUGAGGACCAGCCUGUCCACGGGGACCUGGAUCUGGUCAUGAACCUGAUGGAUGCUCACAAGGUGUUCCAGAAGGAGCUGGGGAAGCGCACGGGGACGGUGCAGGUGCUGAAGCGCUCGGGCCGCGAGCUCAUCGACGGCAGCCGGGACGACACCACCUGGGUGAAGGUGCAGCUGCAGGAGCUCAGCAACCGCUGGGACACGGUGUGCAAGCUGUCUGUGUCCAAACAGACCCGCCUGGAGCAGGCCCUCAAGCAGGCUGAGGAGUUCAGGACAGCCGUGCACAUGCUGCUGGAGUGGCUCUCGGAGGCAGAGCAGUCCCUGCGCUUUCGGGGAGCGCUGCCCGACGACGCCGAGGCCCUGCAAGCCCUCAUUGAUGCCCACAAGGAGUUCAUGAAGAAAGUGGAGGAGAAGAGGGUGGAUGUGAACGCGGCGGUGGGGAUGGGCGAGGUCAUCCUGGGCGCCUGCCACCCCGACUGCAUCACCACCAUCAAGCACUGGAUCACCAUCAUCCGGGCCAGGUUUGAGGAGGUUCUCACAUGGGCAAAGCAGCACCAGCAGAGGCUGGAGUCAGCACUUUCCGAGCUGGUGGCCAAUGCAGAGCUUCUGGAGGAGCUCCUGGCUUGGAUCCAGUGGGCUGAGACCACCCUGAUCCAGCGGGACCAGGACCCCAUCCCCCAGAAUAUUGAUCAGGUCAAGGCGCUCAUCUCCGAGCACCAGUCCUUUAUGGAGGAGAUGACACGGAAACAGCCAGACGUGGACCGGGUGACAAAAACCUACAAAAGGAAAGCGACUGAACCUCCCCACGGGCCCUUCAUCGACAAAUCCCGCAGCAACAGGAAAUGCCUGGGGCAGGCUGCUCCCCCCAGCAUGCCCAUCAUCUCCCAGUCAGAAACGAAGAAUCCCAGGAUAAACCAGCUCUCAGCACGCUGGCAGCAGGUCUGGCUGCUGGCCCUGGAGAGGCAGAGGAAGCUCAACGAUGCCCUGGACAGGCUGGAGGAGCUGAAGGAGUUUGCAAACUUCGACUUUGACGUGUGGAGGAAGAAGUACAUGCGCUGGAUGAACCACAAGAAGUCGCGGGUGAUGGAUUUCUUCCGGCGCAUCGACAAGGACCAGGACGGGAAAAUCACGCGGCAGGAGUUCAUCGACGGCAUCCUGGCUUCCAAAUUCCCCACCACCAAGCUGGAGAUGACGGCGGUGGCCGAUAUCUUUGACCGCGAUGGUGACGGCUACAUCGACUACUACGAGUUUGUGGCUGCCCUCCAUCCCAACAAGGACGCCUACAGACCCACCACUGAUGCUGACAAGAUCGAGGAUGAGGUCACCAGGCAAGUGGCCCAGUGCAAGUGUGCCAAGAGAUUCCAAGUGGAGCAGAUCGGCGAGAACAAAUACCGGUUCUUCCUCGGCAAUCAGUUCGGAGACUCCCAGCAGCUGCGGCUGGUCCGGAUCCUGAGGAGCACGGUCAUGGUCCGUGUGGGAGGAGGAUGGAUGGCCCUGGACGAGUUUCUAGUGAAGAAUGACCCGUGCAGAGCACGAGGAAGGACCAACCUGGAGCUGCGGGAGAAGUUCAUCCUGCCCGAGGGGGCCUCGCAGGGGAUGACCCCGUUCCGCUCGCGGGGCCGCCGCUCCAAACCCUCCUCCAGAGCGGCCUCCCCGACCAGGUCCAGCUCCAGUGCCAGCCAGAGCAACCACAGCUGCGCCUCCAUGCCCUCCUCUCCCGCCACCCCAGCCAGCGGAGCCAAGACUCCACACCACUUCUCCCGAUGCUAUGACAAACCCUGGUUGAUAAACAGUAAAGCGAGCACCCCCCUGAGGGGAAUCGAUUAUUCCGACUUCCAGCUCCCCAGCACUGAGGUGACCCCCUCGGCGGGCAGCAAGCUGAAGCGCCCCACGUUCCACUCCAGCAGGACCUCCCUGGCUGGGGACACCAGUAACAGCUCCUCCCCAGUCUCAACAGGUGCCAAAACCACUCGGGCAGACCCCAAGAAGGCCGCCAGCCGCCCCACGAGCCGCGCCGGGAGCCGCACGGGCAGCAGGGCCAGCAGCCGGCGGGGCAGCGACGCCUCCGACUUCGACCUGCUGGAGACGCAGUCGGCGUGCUCGGACACCUCGGAGAGCAGCGCGGCCGGCGGGCAGGGCUCCCGCCGCGGCGCCGCCGCCAAGCCCUCCAAAAUCCCCACCAUGUCCAAGAAGGCGCCCGCCGCCGCCCCGAAAACGCCCGGCCCCAAGAGAUAAUACUGUACCCCCGCCGCCCUUCCCCGGGGAGAGGAAGGAGAAGCAGACAUGCAAACAGAAAAACACACGCGGGAAAAAAACGAGGAAAAAAAAAAAAAAAAGCACCCAACCCGUGUCCACUUUUUAACCCUACAUUGGAUGUAUAUUUAUUCUAAAUGGGAGAAACUAUAUUGUUAAAAGUGUAAAAGAAAAGUUGUGUUAUGAAGCUGCCUUAUUUGGAUUAUUUCUUUUUUUGGUUUAUGGUUUUGUUUUUUGGUUUCUUUUUUUUCUUUUUCCUUUUUUGUAAGUUACUAUUUUCAUGUGAAUAUUUAUGUAGAUAUUAAAAAAAAAAAAAAAAAAAAUUGCCUCUCGGUGACCCCCCUGUUUAGAGAGGGGCCUGGAAAACUGAAAUGUGGGAGAGAAAGAAAAAAAAAAAAAUCAAGAAAAAGAUUUAAAAAAAAAAAAAAGGAAGCAAAAAAAAAAAAAGGUCAAGAUGUGAAAGUGUAAAGAAAAACUAAAAUAUAAAUAGGAUUUCUGCGCGGUGCAGGGUGUGAACCUGCUUUAUCUUUUAGGAUUGUUUCCUAAAUGCAUCUUUAUAAACUUAACUUGCUGUCUCAGCAAGGUAAAUUAUAUUUAAAAGCAAAGACCUGAAUCCUGCAGUGUUCAAGGAACUCUCUUUUUGUAAAUCACAGAUACCUCAACCAGAGAAACAUGAGGUGAGGGGACUUGGGGCUUAUGUUUCCAUUUUUUUUAAAGCUAUGUGGUUUUAUCUGAAGAAAGCGGAGUUUGACUUUAAUAAAAUUUGCACACACUACAGCAAAGGCCGUGACAAUUUUGCUGUCUUGAAAAUACUGUCCUGACAACUUUGUUUUUUAAAGAACAAACCGAGGGUGAAGGGUUUGGGGAAGGGUUUGAGGAGGGGCUUCACGUGCAGGGUAGGAUUGCAGGUCUGGAUCACUGGGAUGCAUCCCUUAGAGGUGGUGGGCCCUCCAAAAUCAAGGAAUCUUCUGGACUGAUGGCUUAACCAGCCCGCCCCGAGGCGUUCCUUACACAAUCACUGUUUUAUCUGCAUCUCUCUUUUGUUUUCCUAUUUAUUAUUUAACUGGUCAUUCCACUUCCAGCCAGGCUAAGAUUGAUGUGAACUCUGCUCCUAGGAGAAAUCUGGACUUACACGCACAGUUGCUUGUCCUUGAAAUGAGUCUCACCAGCACACUCGCUGCAAGUCCUGUCUCGCUUUUGUACGCUCCUUUUUCUUUGUAAUAAAAUCCAACUCGACCAAGUGACCAGGAGACGAGGGCUCUGCACAGCUCCUGUAUUUAUUAAAUAUUGUUCCUCUCCGGCUCUGACCGUGUUGCUGUGUGAUUCUCUCAAUUGGUUUCAAAUUGAGGCAAAACCGAAGCUCUACCAAUGAAUUGUUUAAAAGAACCAGACACAUUUUUGUAUUAAAAUUGCUUGCGGUAAUAAACAAUCUUGCCUCCUG